CCUACAAUAGUGUGUAGGUGCUGGCGAAUCUCGAGAGUGUAUAACGCCAUCGGGUCCGUUUUGCUCAACGGCUUCUCGACGUCGCCGAACAAAUGCUUUGACUUUUGGCUCAGCGGAGGUUUCACCUCUUGAAUACUUCGCAGACGGGCAAAGCUUUUGCGCUAAAGGAGGAAUUUGUGUUUUUCCCCUUUCCCUGGAGUUUUCUUGUGGAAUUAUUCAUUGACUCGCGUGGCCUGCGGAGCCAGAUAGCCUGAGUGCUACGUUGUUUUGAGAAAGCUAGCAUUAGCUUAGCAUCAGACUGAGAGGUUUCAGCCCAGAAUGGACACAGGGGUUGUCACUGAAAAGAAAAGGGUGAGCUCGGAGAGGAGGAAGGAGAAGUCGCGGGAUGCUGCACGAUGCCGUCGUGGCAAGGAGUCGGAGGUGUUCUACGAAUUGGCACACCAGCUGCCCCUGCCCCACAGCGUGACCUCCAGUCUCGAUAAGGCCUCCAUCAUGAGGCUGACUAUCAGCUACUUGCGCAUGAGGAAGCUGUUGAACACAGAUCAACCUGAAGAGGAGCCUGAGGUGGACUCUCAUCUCAACAGCUUCUACCUGAAGGCCCUGGAAGGGUUUCUCAUGGUUCUUUCUGAGGAUGGGGACAUAGUGUAUCUCACCGAGAAUGUCAGCAAGUGCCUGGGCCUCGCUCAGUUUGACCUGACUGGGCACAGUGUCUUUGACUUUGCUCACCCUUGUGACCAUGAGGAGCUGAGGGAGAUGCUUGUCUACAAAACAGGCCCUUCUAAGAAAGCCAAGGUGCAGAACACAGUGCGCAGCUUCUUUCUGCGCAUGAAGUGCACACUCACAAGCAGAGGGCGAACUGUUAAUAUAAAGUCUGCCACAUGGAAGGUUCUGCACUGCACCGGCCACAUCCGUGUGUACGAGAACAAUAAUGACGUCAACAAUAACGAUGAGUGUGGUUACAAGGAGCCACCCAUGCCGUACCUGGUUCUAAUCUGCGAACCCAUCCCCCACCCCUCCAACAUCGAGGUGCCGUUGGACAGCAAGACCUUCCUCAGCCGUCACACUCUCGACAUGAAAUUCUCCUACUGCGACGAGAGGAUUACAGAGCUGAUGGGCUAUGAACCAGAGGAUCUGUUGAAUCGCUCGGUGUAUGAGUACUACCACGCACUGGACUCAGACCACCUGACCAAGACACACCAUAAUUUGUUUGCCAAGGGUCAGGCUACUACAGGCCAAUACCGCAUGUUGGCCAAGAAGGGCGGCUUUGUAUGGGUGGAGACUCAGGCUACUGUCAUCUAUAACACCAAAAACUCCCAGCCACAGUGUAUUGUUUGUGUGAAUUAUGUGCUCAGCAGUGUGGUGGAGGAGAACCUGGUGUUGUCUCUGGAGCAGACACUGGAGGAUUCCAAAGAGGAAGCCAAGGAGGAAGUUGAGGAGGAUACCCGUGAAGAAGCCAAGGAAGAUGUCGAGGGCCCAGAGGCAGCCAUGUUCGAACUCUUCACCAAGGUGGAGGAGAGGGAGGGCUCAGAGAGCCUGUAUGAGCAGCUGAAGGAGGAGCCUGAAGCACUGACCCUGCUGGCCCCUGCAGCCGGGGACACCAUCAUCCACCUGGACUUCACCAGUCCUGAGUCCGAGCUCCAGCUGGAGAAGGAGGUCCCCCUAUAUAACGACGUCAUGCUCCCAUCUACCGUCGUGAAACCGGCCCUGUCUCCGCUGCCACCCAGCGAGCCCGAUCCACCACUCCGCCCGCUAUACACUAAGCUGGAGCCUGGCUCUGAGGACUUCCCUUUCGGCGUGACCUGUGCCCAGACAUCCCCGGGGCCCGUGUCCGGGCGUUCAUCGCCUCAGCCCAUCAGCCUGCCAGACUUCUUCUUCCAGGUGGACUCUGAUAUGGGGUCUGAGUUCAAGCUGGAGCUGGUGGAGAAGCUGUUUGCCAUCGAUACAGAGCCAAAGUCCCCCUUAACAUCUCAGACCAUGGAGGACCAGGAUCUAGAGAUGUUGGCGCCAUACAUCCCCAUGGAUGAUGACUUCCAGCUGCGGGUGCUGUCCCCAGCCGAGUCCCUGGCCUCAGGCUCCUCCCCGUCCCAGGAGGCCUCCCCACUGCACGUCCUCCAGGAGGUGCAGAGUGCCCCCUGCUCCCCAUUUAGCGGCAGUCGCACCAUUUCCCCCAGCCCGGUCCCGGCAGAACCAAAUGACACUGCACUCAGCAAGAGGGCUGUGCUGCUGGAUCAGGACCUGUCCCCCAAGCUUCUGGCCAUCGAGAACAUCCAGCGCAAGCGGAAGCUGGAAGGGGAGACCUCACGCCCCCAGGUGCUAGAGCUGGGUGCUUUGCUCCAGGAGACCCUGGGCUCUGCAGAUGCAGGAAAGAGAGCCCGGGUGUUGGAGGCCACACUCCCCGAGGGGCUCUCCCACAAAACCAUUCUGCUCCUGCCAUCAGACCUGGCCAGCCGCCUGUUGAGUGUCUCUGUGGAGGGGGCCGGUCUCCCCCAGCUCACUCGCUAUGACUGCGAGGUCAAUGCGCCUGUGCUGGAUCGCCAGCACCUACUCCAAGGCGAGGAUCUGCUGCAGGCCCUGGACCAACUCAACUGAGCGCCGCCCUGCUGCACCAUAUUGGACACUGCACUCCUGCCCCUUGCCCAAAACAACCCCUUUCUCUUCCAGAACCUUAUAUUUAUAUUUCCUAUAUUGAGUUGUGUCACAAUCCAGCUACAGCCUUGCUCCUCACAUGGAUCUCUGGUGGGUUCCUGCCCAUCGGCCGCGUUCUAGGUGUGUUGUAGGAGUCAUGGGCUGGCUGCGGCCACGAGAGUCGCGAACGCACACUGCUGGAAUUAUUGUCCUCGUGUCCUGUCCCCUUCAGCGCCAGUGCUUCAGGCUGAAGGGAAAUGUAGCCACAGUCGCACAAUAUUGUAUUUUCUUAAAAGAUUACCAGCAAUUCUCACUAUAUAUUACCAUUUUUCAAUAUACCAUUAAUGGAAAAAUCAGGCGUAUUUUUUCUUAUGGUUGUUUGUUUUGGUUGCUUGGUUUCCUUUUCUUUUGAUGGUACAGUAUAUGAAAUAUAAUCAGUCUGGAUUGCUUUAGGCAACCUGUCCGCCUUGGGCUGGCUCUUUUUAUAUUGGUUUCCAGUAUUUGGUGUAUAGUUUUACUGUCAAUCCAUAUAUGUAAAGAUAUAAUUCAGACACAUUUUAUGCUUUUAAUUUCAUGGGAAAGUUAUCGCACAUUUAUAGUGUGGUCAAUAGAUUUUAUAUUAGAUUUUUCCUCCACCAGCUCAGAGGCAUUCAUACCAUAGAUGUAAAGCAUAACGCUUAACUGUGCGAGUAUAAAGACGAGUAUAAAUGUAACGCUUACUUUGCGAGGUGUUGUUCGAGUUAAAAAGUCGUCAGUUUUAUAUCGUGUUCUCUGGUAUAGAUCACGUUAUGCAAUGUUUAGUUUCCAUGCUUCUCGUUGCUCUCACGUUAUAUCGGUUCUAAACAAGCCCUAUUUUGAAAUAGUUAUGUUCUUUUUAUUCAUCAAAGUAACUUCCAAAUGUAACUGUUAUAUUUGUAGCUUCUGUUCCUUCAUCUCCGCAGUCUGUGAUUCAACACUAAAUGUAUUGUUUUGUUACAUCAGUAAAAGAUACAUGCGGACCAGG